UCGAACCUGGAGGCGGGACUGUAGCAAGCAAUAGCUGGCAGUACUGGCAGUAGCUGUCAUACCGUGGGUUUAAUACGUGUGCGUCGCAGUUUGUCAUUCACUGGAGAUAAUUAACAAAUAAAGGAGUGUUAUCAAUUCGAAGAUAUAUCCAUAGAUCGGAGCAAAGUGAUUGAAAGGUGCUAAACAGUGUGAGCCAAUGUCGAAAUGAGGCAAGAGCUCGGAAUGUAUGGAGCCGCGCGGUAUCUUUGGGACCGUAAAUCGCAUCACGCCCCCCGCGGGCAUCGUAUUUUCUUUGAUUAAUAACCAAUGGCUAUAUUUGAGAGAAAAUAUACAAAUAAAGUGCUCCUGGAUGACACCGAGAAGCUCAGCAGCGUUAUUGAAAAUGCCAGAACCAUUGACGGUCACACGGAAUACGUGAUCAGAACGCAGCGCGGCCCACUGCCAGAGAAAUCGUGGCGGGUUAGUAGACGAUACAAUGACUUUGUUCAACUCAACGGGGCGCUGUGCCCGUCGGGUAUUUCGCUGCCACUGCCACCAAAACGUAUUAUUGGUAAUAUGGAACCAGACUUCAUAGCUCAACGGCAACUAGCUCUGCAGAAUUAUCUUAACACGGUUCUAAUGAAUCCCAUACUGGCAUCGUCGCUGCCUAUGAAAAAAUUUUUGGACCCUGAUAAUUACACUGCACCUUUACAUGAGGUCGCGUUGCAGCAGGUGUCAUUAGCAUUGCGUAGCGAUGCGAAUUACGAAGUCGGUAAACCAAUACCAGACAUGGGAUGGAGAUUGAGAAAACAUUAUUACACGGUUAAAAAUCGUCAGAGUCCAAAGCAGGAGUUAUUACUAGCUUGGGUAGAAUUCGGCCCUGACAAACAUUUGCAGGACAAGGAUGUUCAUGGGGUUUUCAAGAGUUUAGGAUCACUUCGUCAUAGCUACAUAGAACCAAUAGUUCAUCAGCACGUAACUGAGAAUGGCGCUUUGACUGUUAGAAAUUUUUAUCCAGAUGGAACGUUAAGAGAUAUUUUAUGCCACGCCAAGCCAAAGCAACCAUUCAUUAAAAAAUAUGGGAACCCUAAGCAAACAAAAUCAUUAAACGUGCAAGAAAUUUCUGCCUACGCUUUCCAGAUACUGGAUGCAUUAGCCUUCUUACACGAGAAGGGGCUGCCAUACGGACAUCUUCACACCGGGAAUGUCAUCUUGACACCGUCAGGGGCAAAACUACUGGAUAUAGAAAAUGGGCUGCUGGGUUUACCUGCAUUUUACAGACCAUAUGUUGUUCAGAGACGAAAAUUAUAUGCUACGGUUCAAGUAGACGUUUAUUCAUUUGGCCACGUUGUUUAUGAAAUGGCAUUUGGACGGCCUUUGCUCGAGGCCACGUGCUCGGAGUUUUCUCACAGCGAUCCAAACUUGAAAAAUCUCUUAGAAUUGAUCCUGUCUCCGGAAGCAUUGAAGCAAGACUUGCCGACUGUGGCACAGCUACUGGAUCAUCCAUUUUUCCAACAAUCGAAAUGCAGGGGUCUCAAUACUUUGGAAAAGUCACAUUUUAAGCUCAGCAGCCAUUUGAAGGAUGCGUUAAUGGGUGCGAUCAGUAAGGCCGAGUUACGUUUAAGAGACGAGCAAAAGGUUGCCCGACAUCAGAAGAGAUUAGUAAAAGUUCAGGAAAUGAUGAGUUCUGAGGAAGAGAUGAAGAAACGUAAACAGAAAUUGAAAAAGGAGCAAAAAUUAGCACAAGAACAACGGUCAACGAGUCAAUUGGGUACAAACGGUACAAAACAAAUGAAUGGAAAGAGUCCUGAGCGAUCCGAUAGCCCAACUAGUACAUCAACUGCAACUAGUGCUGGAACGUUGACACCUCCAUCACACAGUUCGGUGGAUGUCCACAAUGGGAACACAAAAGGAAAAAUUGCUAUCGCUCCACUACCACCGCCGAUGCCAACUGUAUCGCCUGUUACAGAUGACUCAGGGGAGCGCUCAGCCUUACUAGGCAGCAUCUGCACUUUCAAUAAAGCAAAUCUGCGCAAGGUAUCUAAUGGUAAUUUGUAAAGUUACUCAAGUUAGUAUUCCAGAAUACAAUGUUUAUAAUUGGAUGAUGUAUUGGACUUAAUUAUUCAGCAGUGAAACAGCUUCAGAUGUUUGUAUCGAUAUACGUAACAAAUAAUAUAGACGUGAUUGUUCUACGAGGAAGUUGUAUACCAAUCGCGCUUAAAAAUCGUACCUUUUCUUUUACCAAGUUGAUGCUCGCUUCAUAAGGUUCUGGCAAGUGAGAAUGUAUAUUUUACUAUGAUUACGAUUAUUAUUAUUUUAAACCAAGUUGCAUCAUUCCAAAGCAAGUAUAUGAGCUGCUCUUUUCGGUUCAAGAUGCUUCGGAGAACAAAUCGUGUUAUAUAAAAAAAAAAAAAACAAGAGCAUGGCUAUAUUUAUCAGUGACUAAUGUUAUAUUUACAUCAAAUUCGUCUGUUUAUUUUAAUUUUUUUAUUAUAAUCGAAGUGAGGGCAGCGAGUACUAAUCAGUUGACAGGUAUUCAACAAUAGCACUUUGAGACAAAGUAAUAUGAAAGCUUCAAUCAGUUAUGACGUACUGUAGUUUCUCCUAAAUUAUCUCUUUCGAUUAUAAGAAUGUCAGUGGUAUUAAAGUCACAAAAAAAACAUGCAAAUUUAUUGCUAAUCAGCGUUGUUGAAUUCAAGAAAAUUAUUUGUAAAUGUAUAUAUUUGAGACUAUCUUUAACAGUUUUAGGAAAGCAAAAUAUCAUAUCUUGUCUUUUACUAUAAUAUAUUUACCUACUUAUGUACUGUCCAGUUACCUGGGAUUGAGCUGUAACUAGAUCUGAAUGAUGUUAGAAAGUCAUCAGCUCCUUUCACAAUUUAGAACCUAGAAAAAAUUUACAAUUAGAGACUCUUGACCAAUAUUUCAAUGCUAAUAGAAGAAAUGAAAAAAAAAACUAAAUAAGAUCGAAAUACAUAGAGUACAGUAUUGAUUCGGUUUUUGUGACCAUCAGGAUUUUUGUAAAUAUACGUUACUGAGUACCAUUAUUAUGUAUGGUGUGAAAUAUAGUUACUAGUUAGUUACAUGAAAUUAUUCUCCUUCUGUGUAAUACAUGUAUGUCUGAUAAAACAAAUAUUUCUACUUCGGAAAGACUACAAGCAGCACAAAUUCUCUCUAUUUGAGAAUACUUUUAUUCAUUAUACCUCUAUUUGUUACAGCAUGUAUCCGGAAACAAAUAGGCAAAUAAAUUCAUACAAAUACAUGCGAAAUAAUAAUUAUGUGGAAUCAAUGCACAAUAGACAAAUGUUAUCCAUGUAUUGAUUAUUACUAUUACUAUUAUAGAAAUGUUGGAAAAUAUCAAAUAAUUAUCAAUCGUGGUAUCCGUUGUUUCUCUCUUUAUUUUGUAUCACUCACUGUUUGAUUGUUAUUUGAGCCCGGAAACUUGUCUUUGACAGGCCACCGAUUCUCUUGACAAAAUUUUUUUUUUUUUUACUUUUUAUACAAUACAGUUAAUUUUUUUUUUACAUGGCACCAUGUUAAAUAUAAUGCAUUCUCAGAUGCGGCUUCACCCAGGUACAUAAUGUGACAGUUUCUGAUAUACAUAUUUCAAACCAGAACUGUCAGUAAUAGUGAUGUUACAGAAAAAAUUCUAGUAUAUCUAUAUUCAAUUAAGGUUCGUUUGAAUCUGAAAACUGGUUUAUUUAAAAAUGUUGUUGACGUGAUAUUGAUAUUUGUAUAAUAAUUGGUGAUCCUUUACUUUAUUUACGGAUAUUUGUUAUUUAGUUUGUUAUAAAAUGGGGCACUCUGAUUAUCCGGAAUUUAUUUAUUCGAUAUUGUUAUUAUUAUUAUUAUUAUUGUAUGUUGAUAGUUAUCUUCGUUUCAUCUAUUCAAAGUCUAUUUUUUACCCUGUAUGGCAUAAUAUGCAUUUUAAAGAACAAAAUUCAACCACUUAUGAGGAGUGUGCAUAUUUUUUUCACCUUCGUAUGUAUAAAUAGUAGGUACCUAUAUGUACUAAAAAUGUAUGCUAUUGAAAUGAAUAUCAACUUUAGAGUUUAAAAAAAAAAAAAAUAUACAUAUAAACACUCACUCAGUCAGCUUUUUGCACCAGCUAUCGAUAGAAUUGUAGUUUGAACUUUGUUAGCAUAGCUGUAAGACAGCGUUGUCAAAAAAUGAAUUAACUAUUACAGUUUUUUAUUUUUUAUUAUUCACCGUUGCGAUGCAUAGGUAUUCCAAUUUUGAAUCAUUUAAAAAGUUAUAGUACACGCUGAAUAUAAUAUAAAAAUAAAUCAUGUGAUAGUGCAUAUGCAAACUAAUGCCAAACGCGAAUACUUCCAAGUUAUUUCAGAUGUUGCAUGGUGUACAUUCGAAUUUCUCAGUGGACUUGUGGUCCAGCGACACAUGUAUGCGACCUGUAUGUUUAGC